AUGUUGGGGAGAGGUCUAAAACGCAAGCUGAGUGAUUAUGAGGAGAACAUGGCUGGUCUCUCGAGUGCCUUUGAUUCCAGUCGAAAUCUGCCAUAUCCGCUUAAGAGGCAGUUGGUGCUUAAUAUGUGCCUCACCAAGUUACAAACAUACAAAAUGCUGGUGGAACCAAACUUGCACCGCUCUGUCCUCAUAGCCAACACAGUACGGCAAAUUCAAGAGGAAAUGCGACAAGAGAGUAAUCAGCCAGUUAAUGUCUGCCCUGGCAUCGCUCCCAGUUCUCACAGCUACACAGGGCUGGAGUCACCUGGGAUUUCUCUUCAGUUGCCUUCAGGUAUUAGUCAGCAAGAGUCUAACUGUUGCGACUUGCGGUCCGUAGAAGAUCCAAUUGAAAACAGCCUGCUGAUAGUUUCAGAUGAUGAUAUGUCAUCCGCCAUUUCAUCUAUUCUGAAGGAUUUAGACUUUGUAGAAGAUAUAAGCCCACCUACUUGUCUGGUUCCUACUGGAGAUGACCAGCCGAAGUUUCCAGAAAAUACUGGUCUAAAACUAGAAGAUGAUAGACAGGAUUUGAAGGGAGCUGAAUGCGUGUUUGGUUCCUUUGAGAUUUCAAAUUCAACUAGUUACUUGAAGGAUUUGGCAAUAGAUGACAUUUUUGAAGAUAUUGACACUUCAAUGUAUGAUUCAGACUUCUGUUGCCCUCCGCUAAUGCCGCCCAGACCACCAUCUCUUGCUGCCGAAGAACCAUUGAAAAGCUUUCCAUCCUGUAACUCUUCUUCAGCAAGCAACAUUCAGAUAUGUAGAGCGGAUCUGAGUGAGCUGGACCACAUCAUGGAAAUUCUGGUUGGAUCCUGA